AUGGGAUCUGCCUCUUCAACUUACCGGUCCAAGUGCAUUUAUUUGGAUAUCGACGGAAGAAUUCAAAAGGUGCUCUUUAGUAAAUACUGCAACUCCAAAGAUAUUAUGGACCUCUUCUGCAUUGCAACAGGGCUACCAAGGAACACAACAAUCUCCCUUUUGACAGCAGACAACUGUAUGGUAUCCAUUGAUCCGACAAUGCCUGCAAACUCAGAGAGGUCUCCAUACAAAGUGAUACCUGUUGCAACUGGGCAGCUCUCAGAGAAAGAAGAGCUGUUCCAGAAUUUACUGGAACAGAUUGCUGAACAGUUCUCGAGGGUUUUUAAAAUCAACGAGCUGAAAACGGAAGUAGCUAAUCACUUGGCCAUGCUGGAGAAAAAGGUUGAAUUGGAAGGCCUGAAAGUAGUGGAGAUUGAGAAAUGCAAGAGCGACAUUAAAAAGAUGAGGGAGGAAAUGGCAGCAAGAAACAGCAGGACUAACUGUCCCUGCAAGUACAGCUUUUUGGAUGAAAACAAGAGGCCAACUCCCUGGCGAGAUGUACCGUCCUAUCCAAAGUACAUGCUGUCCCAGGAGACCAUAGAAGCACUUCGGAAGCCAACCUUUGACGUCUGGCUGUGGGAGCCCAAUGAGAUGCUGAGUUGUUUGGAACAUAUGUACCAUGACCUUGGGUUGGUAAAAGACUUCAACAUUAAUCCUAUCACGUUAAAGAGGUGGUUGCUGUGCAUUCACGACAAUUACAGAAACAACCCCUUUCAUAAUUUCCGACACUGCUUCUGCGUGACCCAGAUGAUGUACAGCAUGAUCUCACUCUGCAAUCUCCAGGAGAAGUUUCCCCAAAUUGACAUCUUGAUUCUCAUGACUGCAGCAGUAUGCCAUGACUUGGACCAUCCAGGCUACAACAAUACCUAUCAGAUAAAUGCACGAACAGAGCUUGCGGUACGCUACAAUGACAUCUCCCCAUUGGAGAACCACCACUGUGCUGUGGCUUUUCAGAUCAUUUCUCAGCCAGAAUACAACAUUUUCUCCAAUGUCAACCAGGACCAAUUCAAACAGAUAAGACAGGGGAUAAUUACAUUAAUCCUGGCUACAGACAUGGCGAGACAUGCAGAAAUACUGGACUCUUUCAAGGAAAAAAUGGAAAAUUUUGAUUACUCCAAUGAAGAACACACGACAUGCCUGAAGAUGGUUCUGAUAAAAUGCUGUGAUAUCUCCAAUGAAGUCCGCCCAAUGGAAGUAGCAGAGCCCUGGGUAGAUUGCUUACUAGAGGAAUAUUUUAUGCAGAGCGACCGAGAAAAAUCUGAAGGGCUUCCAGUGGCUCCAUUCAUGGACCGCGAUAAAGUGACCAAGCCGACAGCACAGAUUGGCUUCCUGAAGUUUGUUCUCAUCCCCAUGUUCGAAACAGUAACAAAGCUCUUCCCAGAAGUGGAGGAGGUGAUGCUCCAGCCCCUUUGGGAAUCCAGGGAUCGCUAUGAGGAGUUAAAACAGAUCGAUGAUGCUAUGAAAGAGUUGCAGCAAAAGAAAAGUGAAAGUUUGACCACCAGCAGUACUGAAAAGUGAGACAAAAAGUCUUUGAGAAAA